AUGUCUUACCAACCCAUCCCUCAAACCGAAGAUGAUCGCCUAAACACCCCCUCCUCUCCUCCUUCACACGCCCAACACGAGACCGACCCAUCUUACCGACCACUCCGACGUUCCGUCCAAGAAGAAUUCAACAGACCGCCCCCGUCGUGGUGGAAGAGGUUCUUGUUGAUUGUAGUGUUGAUCUUCAUGGCUUGGUUCAGUGUUUGGCUGGGUAGGAAGGGUAUGCAGGAGCAGAAACCUACGGUUAUAUAUGCUAGUCGUUACUCGGAGGAACACAAAUAUCGCCCCGCCGCUUCCCCCGUCAUCACCGAAUACCUCCCCGGCAACCGAAUACGUAUUCGAGGAGCGUCCAUCGGCGGAGUAGGAAUUGCAGACGAGGACAUACCGCUCACUCCGAAACAGAUUGAAGCGAGGGAUAAGAAAAGGAGAGAGGAAGCUAAGAACAAGGCUAGGGAGAAGAUGGGUCUGAGAGUGAAGAAGAGAAAAUCGUUGAAGGAGAAAAAAGAGGAAGAGAUGGUGAAAGUUAGGGAGUUGGAGAGGAGGAUUAAAGGGGAGGUGUAG